ACACAAAGCAAAAACGCUGGUUUGUUUUUUUAAAAGAACUUCGUUCCUCUUCAAUUCCGUUACCGUCACCGUCACCGUGACUGUUCCACCUCCGUUUAUCUCAUCCUCACCGUUCAUCUUCUCCGAUCUAACUCGCCGUCGUUCACCGUAUGAUGGACGCCGUCAACGAUUCCUUUUCGCCGGGAUCUUCUCGUCCUUCGCCGUCGACGCUUUCUCGUGAAGAUUGCUGGAGCGAGGAAGCGACCUUCACGCUAAUCCAAGCCUGGGGUAAUCGCUACGUCGAGCUUAGCCGUGGUAAUCUCCGUCAGAAACACUGGCAAGAGGUGGCUAACGCCGUUAACGACCGUCACUACAACACCGGCCGAAACGUUUCCGCCGCCAAAUCGCAGCCGUAUCGCACCGACGUUCAGUGUAAAAACCGGAUCGAUACUUUGAAGAAGAAGUUCAAAGUCGAGAAGGCUAGGGUUUCCGAAUCCAAUCCCGGUGGCUACAUCAGCCCUUGGCCUUUCUUCUCCGCUCUCGAUGACCUUCUCCGGGAAAGCUUUCCGACGUCUAGUAAUCCUGAUUCAACUGAUAACAUCCCGAGCCAGAGGCUAUCACUUCCGAUGGCGAUUAUUCCAGUUCCGGUCGCUCCACGAUCGGCGAUCCCCAGACGUCCGGCGACCUCGCCGGCGAUUAUACCUCACGCCGGUGACGAUUUACUCGGAUUCCGCGGAAAUCUAAAUGCAUUCGCGGCAGCCGCAGCGGCGGCGGCGUGUCCGGCGUCUGAGGAUGAUUCGGAAGGUUCGAGGUCUAGAUCGAGCGGACGAAGCGGAAGUAACAAGAAGCGGGAGAGGGAAAUUGAGAAGAAGCAAGGUUACAAGGAAGUUGCCGACGCAAUUGAGAGGCUUGGACAGAUAUACGAGAGAGUCGAGGAGAGGAAGAGGAAGGAAAUGGUUGAAUUGGAGAAGCAGAGAAUGCGAUUCGCUAAGGAAUUGGAAUGUCAUAGGAUGCAACUCUUCACUGAGAUGCAGGUACGUCUUCAUAAGCUCCGGCGUACCUCUGGCUCCAAAGGACCGACUUCCUCCGCCUCUGCCGGUGAGACCUGAAUCCUUUUUCUCGCCGUAUAUCGUAAUCUGUUCGGAAUUCUGUGUCUUUCUCCAUUGUUUAGCUGUGUGUAACAGUGACUAUAGCAUAAGAGUAGAAAAAGAGUUUACCUUUACUUGUGAUUCUCUGUGCCAACGACGGCUAUAAGUAUAAUAAACCCAUCUGUGAAAG